UAUGUCGGAGGCGGCCUGUCGAUUUUGACUCGAAACGAUCUCGAUGGAGCCGAGAACAACGGCUCUGGUGCCAUCCUCAUCAGCCAUCCGGGCGCGUUUGACGCUGGCUACGCGUCCUGCAAGCUUCUCAAUGAGGCGCCGUGGAGCCCGGAGACAGCCGACUUCAAUGCCGCGUUACGCAACUCGCUGGCGUACCAAGAAUACCUGGGCAUCGCGAGGAAGGAUCAACUCUACUGGAUCUCCAAGGCCAAGUCGUGCGACGCUGCGUGCCGGGCAAUCGGGUCGGAUGGGCGAACCCACCAGGUUGACUGCGCGAAGAAGCUGCCGACCCUCUGCACCCAGAGCGCGCCGCUCUCUUCGAGCAGCUCCGACAACAACUCGGCACACUGGCAGGUGCAGCAGGUUGUGGGCAACAAGGUGCUGACGGGCUACCGCGACUACCAUGUGUGGAAGUUCAGGGGCGUCCGGUAUGCUCAGACGCCGGCGCGGUUCACCUACUCGCAAGUCGCCAGCUUCGAGGAGCCCGGAGACGUCAACGCCACCGUCGCCGGAGCGGACUGCUCGCAGCCGAUCGGAGAGGUCACCAGCGGCAGCAGUGAGGAUUGCCUCUUCGCCAACAUUUGGACUCCGUAUCUUCCGCGCGCUGGCGACGAUAAAUCCAAGCUGAAGCCUGUCAUGCUCUAUCUGUACGGCGGCGGCUGGACAUCCGGCUCGGGCAAGAACCCCAACACGGACGGCACCAACCUGGCCUCUCGCGGCGACGCAGUGGUGGUCUCGAUCAACUACCGCGUGGGGUCCAUCGGCUUCUUGAAUUUCAACGACGGCGUACACAAUGGCAACUACGGCAUCUCGGACAUGGUCACGGCGCUCGAGUGGUUGAACAAGUACAUCAAGAACUUCGGCGGCGAUCCCGACAACGUCAUGGUGUUCGGCGAGUCAGCCGGCGCCGGAAGCACCCACGUCUUGCUCGCAGUCCCCAAGGCCAAGGGCCUUUUCCACCGCGCCGCGAUGCAGUCCUCGCCCGAAGGCUACCCUGGCAACGGCAAGCUGACCUCGACUCCCUAUUACGCCAGCACGGAGCAGAACUACAACUCCACGACGACGAAAGUCUUGAGCGCAGCCGGCUGUGGGAACGAGACUACCAGCGCCGACCAGAUUGCCUGUCUCAGCAAACUGAGCGGCUUCGAGCUUGUCAGCCUGCCUGCCAAUGCAAACGCCAUCGUGAUGGAUGGCGUCUACGUGCCUACCCACGAACUCAUCGUCAACUCGACCUCGGCCAGCCUCGCCACGGCCGUGCCCGUGCUGGCCGGCAUCAACCGCGACGAAGUGGGCGUCUUCCUCAGCGCGGGCGCCUACCCGCCGCCGGCCAACGCCACCUUCACGAGCUACCUGGACGCGGUGGCGCAGCAAGCCUUCGGCGCGCCGCCCGGCCUGUCCUCCCUGUUCGGCCUCGACAAGUUCACGGCGGCGGAGCCGUUCCCGGGCCUGCCGGCGGCGCUCUUCGACGGCACGGCGACGCCGGAUGAGAUCUUCAACGCCACGAUCCGCUUCGCGACCGACUGGCUCUUCGUGUGCUACGACCUCGCGCUGGCCUACUCGGCGGCCAAGCACCGCGCGUUCGCGGCGACGUACUACUUCCAGUUCAACCGCACGUACUCGCCGCGCGGGUACACGCAGCCGUGGUGCGACCCCCCGGCCACCGCGGCGGCGGCGACGGCGGCGGCGGCGGGCCCGCACGGCGACCCGGACGCCGAGUACUUCAAGUGCCACGCGGGCGAGCAGAUGGUGGUGUUCGCGACGGAGGCGCGCGCUGGCGCGCCCGACCGCGACGGCCUCGACGUCCCCUUCAUGCAGCUGGUGGUGGACUACUGGGCGGCGUUUGCGCGCACGGGGGACCCGAACCCGGCGCCGGGCUGGCUGCGCGCGCGCGGCUACGACGGCACGCUGCGCGAGCUGCAGAGGGUCGGGCGCUGGGAGGCAGUCGAUGCGGAUAACCCGACCAUGAGACUGCUGCAG